AUGCUGGCCUGGGCUGGGAUAGCGGAGGAUCUCCACGUGUAUGCGCCGCCAAUCUCCCCGGUAGACGACAAGGAUGUCUUCGGACAGGCCAUUGUUGGCGUCUUCAUGAUCUUUCUUACCCUUCGCGGCUGGACAGGUGUCGAUUUCGACACGGUAAUCGACGUCAAGCCCGACGAGAAGGGUACCUCCGAGGUCGAUAAACACCGCUUCCCCAUUCCGCAGCGAGACUGGCUGCUUGGGAAGGGGUGGAACAAGGAGGGCGGGGAUAACGUCUUGGCCAAAACUAAGGGACCCAACGUCGGGGUCCGCAACGUUGCGGCGUUUCUAGGAACCGUCAUAUGCAACCACCUAGGCUUGCAUCACAGGGAGUACAGAGACGGGACGGAUGUGUGUAAAGUUGACGACUGGACGCAGGCGGCGACGUCGUACGACCCCCCCCUGAAGCAUGGUAGCGGCUACACGGCUGAAGGGGACGAAGCUGUGCCGGCCGACGAGGAACGCACGAACCUUGGGAUGCAGCAGUACCUGCGCUGGCAUGAUGUUCCGGUGCACAAGCUACAGACAGGCGAGGGUCAGGACUAA